AUGCUGCAAGCCCGACGGCUGGGAGACGUCCUGCUCGUGGGCGUGCACUCGGACGAGGCCAUUAUGGAGAACAAGGGGCCGACUGUCAUGACGCUGAAGGAGCGGGUCGCCGCGGUAGACGCCUGCAGGUGGGCGACGCAGAGCAUACCGUGUGCGCCGUAUGUGACGAGUUUGCCGUGGAUAAGCCAUUACGGGUGUCAGUACGUCGUACACGGUGACGACAUCACUUCCGACAGCUCCGGGGAGGAUUGCUACCGGUAUGUCAAAGCCGCGGGGAGAUUCAAGGUCGUGAAGCGGACGCCCGGGAUCAGCACGACAGACUUGGUUGGGCGAAUGCUGCUGUGUACAAAAGGCCACUUUAUACGAGAUCUGGACAAGGUGCUGGCAGGCGAGGGGGGUCACGGCAGUGAGGAAGAGCGCAAGCGGAGUGGCGAGGAGAUGCUGCAGAGGAUCAGGGACUAUGCGAGCGAUGAGACUGGCCACCACCCUGGCUCCGAAGUCUGGUCGUGGCAUGCGUCGAGAGAAGCCAAAGAGAGGAGACCUUCCCAUCCACCGCCAGCAGGGGGUUCAGCACCGAAGAACGAACGACGUCGCAGCUCCCGCUCACACCGAAACCACCAUUCCUCGCGUGAGCAAGCGGGUGAGCUCACAAAGAUGGUCGACGGCAAGCCUCCGCGCAAGCAUCAGCGCAUCAUCUAUGUUGACGGAGGCUUCGAUCUCUUCUCCUCGGGCCACAUUGAGUUUCUACGCCGUGUAAGCGAAGACGAGGAGGCGCUUGCCAAACAGCUAGACUGGUACACCGACGAGGCUCGACAACGGCGGAUCGAAGAGGCCGGCGAAGACUACCCUCCCUACUACCUCAUCGCAGGCGUGCACGACGACGAAGUCAUAAACCACUGGAAAGGCAUAAACUACCCGAUCAUGAACAUCUUCGAGCGCGGGCUCUGCGUGCUGCAAUGCAAGUACGUCCACGCCCUCAUCUUCAGCGCCCCCUUCACCCCCACGAAGUCCUUCCUCGCCGCCCUCCCCUACGGCCCACCCCACGCCGUCUACCACGGCCCGACCGCCUUCAUGCCGCUGACCUACGAUCCCUACACCGCGGCGAAAGAGCUCGGCAUCUUCGUGGAGAUCCCCUCGCACGAGUACGCGCACGUGAACGCGGGGGAGAUCGUCGAGCGCAUCCUCAAGGGCCGGACCAUGUACGAGGCAAGGCAGCGCAUGAAGGGGGUGAAGAGCGUGGGCGAGGAUGCGACGAGGAAGAGGGAGGUGCUGGAGGCGGAGGCGAAGGCGAGGGCGGAGUUGAGGGAGCUGGAAAGGACGAGGAGUAUUCAGGAGAUUGAGAGGGGGUACGGGUUAUGA